GAAAAGUGAAGCUGAGACACCGGACAACCGGCACCGGGAGAGUGAGACAGAGGCAGAGGAAGGAGUGGGAGCCGACAGAAGACCAGGAUGGGUGACAUAGCAGAGGACAUGGCGACCUUCUACUCCAAUGCGGAGGGCUACUGGAGGGAGGUCCCGCCCACAGUGGACGGCAUGCUGGGAGGCUAUGGCAGCAUCUCCAGCAUUGAUAUCAAUGGAUCCAAGGCUUUCCUGCAGAAGUUCCUCGGUGAAGGGGAAGGGAAGACGGGUACGGGCUGUGCUCUGGACUGUGGAGCCGGCAUCGGGAGGAUCACCAAGCGAUUACUGCUGCCUCUGUUCAAGACGGUGGACCUGGUGGAUGUGACGCAGGAGUUUCUGGACAAAGCCAAGGCUUACCUGGGAGAGGAAGGCAACCGAGUGGGGAAGUACCACUGCAGCGGCCUGCAGGAGUUUAUACCAGAGGACGGACGCUAUGAUGUCAUCUGGAUCCAGUGGGUGAUUGGCCACCUGACAGAUGACCACCUGGUGGAUUUCCUGCAGCGUUGCCAGAAAGCUCUGCGGCCCAACGGCCUCAUCAUCAUCAAGGACAAUGUGUCGUAUGAGGGCGUGGUCCCAGAUGAGGUGGACAGCAGCGUCUGCCGCGACCUGGAUAUAGUUCACCGUCUGGUGGGCAGAGCUGGCCUCCGCAUCGUCCACGAGGAGCAACAAAUGAACUUCCCAAAGGAGAUCUACCAAGUCCACACACUGGCUCUCAGAUAGGACUAAGGAGUGUGAGAGGGGACAGCCUCAAAUGCACAAUAUUACUAAUGUGGAAAUUAUGUUUUUCUAGUGAGCAAUCCAUUUAUUAUUAUCUGUUUGAAAAAAUAAUCUGCAGUGCCAUGUGUUUGUUGCUUACUCCAUGCAUCGGUCUUCUGCUUUUUUUGCUCCGUCUCCCGUUCAAGAAGGAACAUUUCUCGUGUCAUAUUGGCCAGUAGAAACCAAUGCACAGUGUCUGGAAGUCAUUAAUCUAGACUACAAACUACAGCAACACUCUUAGCAACAGUUUUUAGUUGUGUAUAGUUCUAAUGAUCACUCAAGAUUUCUUUUUUUACCCACGUUGGAACUAUGAUAGUGCAGGGCAGCUUCACUGAACAGAAGACUGAUGUGACUGAUCACUGGACUCAGCAUGUGAUAACAAAGAUUUUGUGGCUGUGUUUUACUAGCAGGGAUGUGUUGAUGAACAUUUUUUGGCCCCAGAAUUCUUUAAUAAUAAUGGGCACUUCCAACACUGAGUCUGAUCUCAUACUGAUAUGAUAUAUAUUUACAUAAAUGUUGAUUAAAUGUAUCUGACCAGUUGGAAUAA